AUGGGAGUAACGGGACUUUGCCCAUCGAGCAAAGUAUCAUCAGAUGACGGACCGGCAGACGACGUUCCGCCGACAAAUCAACCGAAUCAACAAGGAAAUGCUCCCGGACCGUCUGCUGUUGUACCCGUGGCUCCUGCUCCAGUUGAGGAGGCUCAAGAGCCAGUCGAAGAGGUCGCUGCACCAGUUGAGGAGGUUCCAGUCGAGGAAGUCCACGAACCAGUCGACCAAGACGCUGCUCAACCCGUCGAAGAGCAUGUUCCAGAGGACCCUGUCCCUCGUCAACCACCCGUCGCUCCGGUACAACGCGUCGUUCGCGAAGCUCAAUAUUUCCAUGCUCUGUUCCCUGUAGGCCAUCCACCUCAUCGAGUCGAUUACGUCCAAGCGGCAUUUGAAAUGGUUCAUCCACAAGGAAAUCCAAACUACGUUGCACAAUAUAGAGUUCCAAUCGAUAACUCUCAUGACGAAGAUCCACCUCAGGAAGGCGAUCGUCACUGA